GGGAGAGAGAGAGAGAAAAGGAAGAGAAGAAAAGACGAAGGUGCAAGUAGGCGUCCCCGGUUGUAGCGCGGAGGCGUUUUCGUCACGACCCGAUACGUCGAGGUGGAAGGAAAAGAAGGGAAACUUGGAGUAGACGCCUCUCGCAUCUCGACUCUAAAGUUGCCGCGAAGAUAUAAAGAUUGCUGGUUGUCCCGGAAUUGUCGAUCGCGACCGGGCACACAGAGGACAGAGGGAAUUGACGACAGCGGCGACGGAGCCAAACCGCCGCGAUUGCGAUCGAUCGAUCGAUCGGCGGAUCGAUCGAUCGGUCAGUCGAAUGAUUUCGGUUCCCGUCGUCUCGUCUCAUCUUGCCUCGUCCCGUCUCGUAUCGUACCGUAUCGUCUCGUCUCGGCUUGUCUCGGCUCGGCGGAAAGCAAAACUUCUUCUUUCUUCGGGAGAAACGCCCGUAAUAAGUGAUACGUCGUGCGAAGCAAUCGUCGCUUCUUCGCAGUCAGUUUUCAUUCAAGGUGUCUGACAAUGCCGGAUGCUAAGGCACUAGCCUUACUACUGACGAUCACAACGUAAGCGGUCAGUCAGUUCCGCGGAUCAUCGGGGAGAUAAUGAUUACAGAACAGACCUGGAGCAUGAUGCUGGACAGCGAUGUCACGAGCAUCAGCGAGUCGAGCAUCUCGCCGAGGAAACAAUUAUGGAUCAAGGCGGUGAAGAAACUGACCUCCGAGAGGCUGGGCCGAGAGGGAUUGGCGGCGUGGGAGGACCGGAAGUCCAACAACGAUCCCGAAGUCGCCGAAGAGAAGGACAUCAGUGUGCCCGACGAGAAUACCGAGGCUGCCAAAGCGGAACCGGAAACCACUGCUACCGCCGCCACCGCCGUCGCUGCCGCCGCCGCCGCCGCCGCCGCCGCCGCCGCUGGUGCGGAGCAACCCGUGGCCGAUGAGGAGGCUCAAACUCAACGCGACGUCUUUAAGAAGGGAGUGCUGUACAAGGGGAUAUUCUGUCCCUCGCUGACCAACAGCUUCCAUAGCAAGCAGCUGGAGACAUCCUAUCUUCAUUACUCGAACCGACAGCGGCAGAAGUCUCUGAUAAUGUUGAAUAUCGUGGAGCUUGGCUUGAAGAUUACGUUGACAGCGAUCUGGCUGUGGCAACGGGACCCAAACAGCGGCGGUCUCAUCGAGUCCCUGUCCUGGGCCGCGUGCUGCAUAGCGGCGAAUCUGGUGGUCUGCGUGCUCGGCUGGUGGCGUUGCUUUUCUAACAAUUACCUAUACUGGGCCUCCAUAUUCACGUGGUUAUUAAUAAAUUCCCAAGGUUUCAUAGGUGCCGGUCUCAACUUCACCACGCAGCAGAGGCUCAUGUGGUACAUACUCUUCGUCGUGUACGCGCCAUACGCGAUGCUGCCCCUACCGCUGCGAUGGUGCGUCCUCGCCGGCUACGGAACGGCGCUAACACACUUGGUGAUGGCCGGCAUAAGUCUCCUGCGAGACUCUACACAUCUACGGGACGUCGCGUGUAUCGUCCGCAUGCUGACGACGAACGUGCUGCUAUAUCUGGCCGUGAACCUGGCCGGCAUGUACACCAAGUACCUGACGGAUAGGGGACAACGGCAGGCCUUCCUGGAGACGCAUCGUUCCAUGGAGACGAGGCAGCACACGCAGAACGAGAACAAUCGACAGGAGAAGCUGCUGCUCUCAGUCCUACCCGAUUUCGUCGCCAAGGAAAUGAUUCGCGACAUCGCACGCGAGACCGCUCGAGGAGGAACGAUAUCCUUCACGCCGAAUCAGUUUCACCGGAUAUACAUCCACCGCUACGAGAACGUCAGCAUCUUGUUUGCCGAUAUCAAAGGAUUUACGGCUCUGGCGAGCCAGUGCAGCGCUCAGGAGCUGGUGAAGGUGCUCAACGAUCUGUUUGCGCGCUUCGACAAGCUCUCAGCGGAGAAUCAUUGUCUGCGUAUUAAGCUCCUCGGCGACUGCUACUACUGCAUCUCCGGCCUGCCGAUCGCCAGGAGCGACCACGCACAUUGCUGCGUGGAGAUGGGUCUACACAUGAUCAAAGCGAUACGUGACGUACGAUUCACCACCAAGGUGGACCUGAACAUGAGAAUAGGGAUCCACAGCGGAUCGGUGCUGUGCGGGGUCCUGGGGCUGCGAAAGUGGCAGUUCGACGUGUGGUCGUACGACGUUACGCUCGCGAAUCACCUUGAGAGCGGUGGCAUACCAGGGAGAGUGCACAUAUCUGCAGACACGCUCAAGUGCCUAAACGAUGUUUACGAGGUGGAGCCCGGCUACGGUAGCGAGCGGGAUAACUACUUGAAAGAUAGGAAUGUGGUGACGUACCUCAUCAAACAGGUCGAGCCUCUACGGUCACGACGCAAGUACUCCUCGAGACCAAAGAUCUUGGCGGAGGAGGACGCCGCGAACAAGAACAAGAAGAGCUUCAAGAUGAACAAUGCCCUCGCCGCGAAUAGCAACGCGCCCAACGUGGACGAUGACAUUGGGGUUGACUGGACGCCUGAAAUCCCAUUCGAAAAUCUGAACACGGCUACGUCGAUGAGCAAUCUAGAGUCCGAGUAUCUGGAGGAGGAGAAUGGCACGGCGAAGAGCAAGAGCACCUCGCCAACGCCCGGCGAGAAGAAAGCCGGCCUCGAGACCGCCAGCAACAAGCGCAUGAGAUCGGCGAACAUCAACGCAUGGACACUGCGCUACAACGACGAGAGUCUAGAGUCUAAGUUUGACCAGUUGCGGGAGGACAUGUUCAAGUCCAACAUGAUAUGCUGCUUCGUCAUUUGGCUCUUCAUCGCCGUCUGCCAGGCCAUCAUCCUAUCUGAUUGCAUCAUUCUUUUGAUAUCCCUUCUGGUGACAACGGUGAUCUUGGUGGCGUCAUCAAUUCUGGUGAUGGCGGAGGAAUUCAAGAGCAUGCCGACGUACCUGCAACACACGUCGUCCAUGCUAGUGCACAACAAGAAACACCGCACAAUCUUUAUCUGCAGCGUCAUCAGCCUGAUGGCGUUGACGUCCGUCAUCGGUGUGGUGACGUGUCCCAUCACGGUGCGCCCUUACCCAGAUGUGAUGAUCCUGGAGCAACAUCAGGCAUCUACUGCAACUCUGGCUGCUACCACCACAGGCGUGGAUCAUUAUAUUCUGACAUUCCUCGAAGCAGCUUUGAGCGACGAACCUGCCGAAAGACCAAGGAACGCACGCACCACGGACAAUGACACUAUGCAAGGAGCUUCCAGUGAUGUCGAACUGAAGUCGAAGCUGAAGGAAGUGGUGAACAGACGGGCUUUCGUAAAAAACAGACAGGAGUUUUUCAGGUUUUUACGAUACGAGCAGCAUUACAGAGCGAAAGGCGCGAGGCAUUACCGACGAGUCGCACGAAUACAGGACGAAGGUGGACCGCAAAGGAAAAUCCUCUCUAUCGACGAGAAGACUGGAACCAAUGAGGAGACGUUGGUACCGAAGAAUCUCGAGGACGAACUCGUGGUAGGCGGUUGUAUCCGACCCGAGUAUAUGGUCUUCACGUGGAUCCUGUGCCUGAUCGCGCUCGCUUCGGCCCUCAAACUAUAUUACUUGGUGAAGACCGCGCUGGCCGCGGUGAUCGUGCUGGUUUACGCGGUGUUGAUCCUUGUAGUUUGCAAGGACAUGUUCUCCGAGGGAGAGCACAAUGUAUCGUCGAUAUCGCUACCAGCACAAAUGUUGACGUUUCUGGCGGUUUUUCUCGUGAUGGUGACGUACCACGGUAGACUGGUGGAAGUGACGUCGCGUUUGGACUUUCUGUGGAAACAGCAAGCCGAGAGGGAACUCAGUGACAUGAUCGAGUCGCGGCAUAACAAUAUGCAGUUGUUGAAAAAUAUUCUACCAGAUCACGUGGCGCACCACUUUCUGACGCAGGAACGCGCACCAGAGGAGCUGUAUUCGCAAUCACGAGACAAGGUCGGCGUGAUGUUCGCCAGUGUGCCCAACUUUACAGAAUUUUACUCGGAGGAUGUCAACAAGGGAAUGGAGUGCAUUCGCUUGCUCAAUGAGAUUAUCGCUGACUUUGACGAGUUGCUGGACGAGACACCGUUCCAAUGUAUCGAGAAAAUCAAGACGGUCGGCGCCACUUAUAUGGCCGCGUCAGGACUGAAUCCCAGCCAAACCGACAAGAGCGGCGACGAUAUGGAACAUCUGUGUAGACUGGUGGACUACGCGGUAGCCAUGCGCCAUCGUCUCGAGGACGUGAACGUUCACUCGUUCAACAAUUUCGACCUCCGAGUAGGCAUCAGUUGCGGCCCCCUCGUGGGAGGUGUGAUUGGAGCCCGCAAGCCAGUCUACGAUAUAUGGGGCAAUACCGUUAACGAAGCUUCGAGGAUGGACUCCACGGGCGUGAUGGGCAAAAUACAAGUACCGUACGAUAUCGCCAGGUUUCUGGAGUCACGGGGCUACCAAACGCAAAAACGCGGACUGAUCGAGGUGAAGGGGAAAGGCACGAUGGAGACGUACUUCGUGCUGGGUAAGAGCACCCUCCAGCAGGAGGGCAUCUCCAGACACAGAAGCACCUGCCGAAGCCUCGCCGCGGUAGUUUACGGAGUGGUACAAGCGCGUCGCAAGCAGAUCAGGGCGCUGCGAAGAACGUAGAUCGCUCCAGCUUCGUGUCUGGAUCAGCGAGGAAGGUUCGUCGUAUUCGUCGAAUGAAACAGGAUAUAUAUCGGGAGGAGGGCAUAGUUUUCGAGCAGUUCCCACUAAUCGAGUUGGUUAUCUCCUUAGCUUCGGUACACUUCCUCUUCGUUAGUUUUUGUUUCGAUCGAGUUGACUUGAUCUCGUAAAAAUCUCCGAUUCACUUUGUGAGUGAUGUCCGAUAUUUCACUCACAAAUUCGAGUCCCCCUUUUCUCUCUUUCUCUCUCUGCAUCUUUUGAAAUCAAUAUGACCGUGAGAAGUAAUAACAACUGUCUUCAAUUCGGACGGUUCUUACGAUUGGACUUUUAUAAUAGCACUACGAUCGAUACACCGUUAUUAGUACUAUUAAUAUGACGGAGGAGCCACAACAUUUCGCAUCAAGUCUGACGGAGGUAAGCGCGACGAACGCGGAUAAUCGAGUAUACGGGGAAUGUAAAAAGAGCCGUCAUCCCCAAUUUUAUUUCCGUGUCAUUUUGUCAAUGAUGUAUUGAAUGUACUGUAUAUAGCACUUAUAUAUAAUAAAUAAUCGGUCUUAUAAAGAGA